AUGCCUGGACGUACACUUCCAACCUUCACCCGUGCCGAGGUCGAAGAGCACAACACGGGGGACUCCUGUUAUGUCACUAUCGGCAACAAGGUCUACGAUAUCACCGACUUCGUUGAGGAUCAUCCUGGCGGUCCCGAAUACGUUCUCGAAUAUGCCGGUCGCGAUAUCGAAAAGAUUCUGAAGGAUUCUGAUUCUCAUACACACUCUGACUCUGCCUACGAGAUCCUCGAUGAAAGCCUGGUCGGAUUCCUCGUUUCCGAGAAGUCCGUGAAUGGACACGCCAAUGGAACCGUCAACGGAACUGCCAAUGGACACGCCAACGGCAAUGUCAAAGUUCAUCCUCGAACCGGAAUGUCUUGUGAGGAGGAUUUGAGCAAAGAGACAGACUACAACAUGGACUACAAAAAGAACAAGUUUCUCGAUUUGAACAAGCCUCUUUUCCCUCAACUCUGGUUCGGCGGCUUCACCAAGGAAUUCUACCUUGACCAGGUUCAUCGUCCUCGCCAUUACAAGGGCGGCCAGUCUGCACCUCUCUUUGGAAACUUCCUCGAACCUCUCUCCAAGACCGCUUGGUACGUGGUUCCUACGAUCUGGCUACCUUGCGUCGCAUACGGCACAUACAUCGCUUCCCAAGGUUUCGAUAACCAGCUAUAUACUCUUGGCUACUGGGUGUUUGGUGUCUUCUUCUGGACGAUCAUCGAAUACGUUCUCCACCGCUUCUUAUUCCACCUUGACGAUUACCUGCCUGACAACCGAGUGGGAAUUACUCUGCAUUUCAUUCUUCACGGUAUCCACCAUUAUCUUCCUAUGGAUAGAUACCGUCUCGUUAUGCCACCUACUCUCUUUGCUGCACUGGCUGCUCCUUUCUGGAAGAUUGCCCAUGCCAUCCUCUUCCACAACUGGUAUGCUGCAGUGGCUGCAUACUGUGGAGGUGUCUUCGGAUACGUCUGUUACGACCUCACACACUACUUCCUUCAUCACCAGGACCUACCUCUCUGGUACAAGGAGCUCAAGAAGUACCACCUUGCCCAUCACUUUCUCGACUACGAGCUUGGUUUUGGAGUUACAAGCAAGUUCUGGGACACCAUCUUCGGCACUGAGCUCGUCUACAAAACCAAGAAGACAAAUUAA